GUUGAAACUUGUUUUUCUCUUAUUUGUCUUCCAUUUUGGGCUCUCUGUACUAAAUUUGGAAGGUGUGCUCUUUCAGAACUGUCAAGUAUUUAAGUCAGCAAAGACCGUGAUUGGAUUCUGAUUGGUGGGGAAUCACAAAGGGUCUGGAGAAUAAUAAGUAAAGAAGGCCAUUGUACUCAAGUACCCGUUAUCUUAUGGCUGCAGUUGUGAAGUGGGAAGCGAACCCGAGGGUAUGAUAGGAACAAGGUCUUUGUUCCUGAAUCAUGGAUAAAUUGAACGGGUCUUCCAAUGGGUUGGUUCCUUUCUUAUCUUUGAAAAACUUUUGACAAUAAUUACAACGAAACUUCACGAUACACACGAAUCGAGUACUGUCACGUCAACUUUAAUAAAUCAAUUCUGGAAAUUGAAAAACACACAUUAACGAAUAAAACACGAGCUUCAAAACGAAACUAAACUUACGAUUUAAAUCAAACAAAAUGAAAGUUCCAACGACUCUUUUACUUCUUGCUCCAGCUACGACUUUGGGCGCUGUCAUCACGAUAACGCGCACAGUUAUUGCAACUGUUGGGCCGGAAAUCCCAGAACCAACGCAAGCCGCACCUCCAAAUAAUAUUCCAUCCGUUCCAGUUUACAGUGGGAACCGCAAUAGCGUCCCUGCUAAUGGUGGUAAAGCUGGUGGAGGCCCUGACUUCACCGAUGAUGCAGCAUUUCAGAACGAUGUUUUGGCAGCACACAACUUCUACCGAAAACAACACGGAGCCGGAGAUCUGGUUUGGAACGAGACCGGUGCGCAAUUCGGCCAAAAAUGGAGUGAGGCCUGCGUAUUCAAGCACUCUGUAAGUACCUAUGGCCCCAAUGUAAAUGAAUCAUGCCAACAAAGAAAAUAGGGCGGACCAACAGGCGAGAACCUCGUUGCAGGGCCACCAAACGCAACCGCGUCCAUCGACCUCUGGGGUCAAGAGCGUAGUCUCUUCGACUUCCAAUCCGGCGGUUUCAGCUCCGGAGCUGGACAUUUCACACAACUAGUCUGGAAGGCUACUACCUCAGUCGGCUGUGGGCGCACAACUUGCAAUGGCAAGGGAGGAACUCCUGGUACUUAUGCGGUCUGUGAGUACUAUCCUCAAGGAAACAUUGUGGGAAGUAACAACAAGUAUUUCCGCGAUAACGUUGGGGCUCAGAUUCAGGGGAAGCCAGAUGAUAGUGCUGUUGCCGCUGCAGUCGGAGCUGUUAGCGGGUAAGCAGAAAUCCAUUCUUUAUUCAUUCUUUCUUAGACAGUUAAACUCGGGUUUUAUAAUAUUUGUUGUAGAAAUGGUUCUCGACAUCCUAUUUUCGUUGAUCGAAACAUGGAACUCUGUACUGAUUUCUGGAAAUAGUCAGAGUGUUGGAACCGGAGAUGUCAGUAGUGGAGCACCAAGUCUCACUCGAUCUACACCUUCGACUACGACACGUUUUAUCACUACUUCAAUCUCUUCACUAUUGGGUUCUUCAACUUUGACGCCUGCUUCUGCUACUUCUUCGGUGGUGGCUGCUAGUGUUGGAAGAGCUUUCAGGGAGAGUACGGGUGUGAUUCUUCUUACCGUUGUAAUUGCAGUUGUGCUUGAAGUGGGGAUCUAGAUAUAAUAGAUUCCUGGAAGACAAAGCUACGAUGUGGAUAUAAUGGGGAAUUUCAGAUGUGAGGGGAGUUCUUGUAGAUAUUUUUUUGUGUCAGAU